AUGGCGCCCAUCCACUUUUUCACACAAUUUUGUGCUCUCGUCUCCUUCAAUGGCGCUAAAAGUGGGUUUAGGCAAGCUACUAAGUGCCAUUUGCAGAGCUCCUCGUCUACAAUCUGCCAAACACCAAAAUCACCAUGUGGCUCUAUGAAAUCUGGCUUCCCUGAAUUGGCCCAGAAUUCCUCGCCCCAAUUACGCCAUAAACGAGGAUUUAGAGCCCAUUUUCAUGCUCAUGUUCAUACCAAUGCCUAUCAAUCUUUCUCUCGCUCGGCCUCAGACCCAUGA